CCUUCGCAAAUUAAUCCGGAAUAGCUUGAAAAAUCAUAUAAGUUUCUCUUCAUUCUCUCAGGAAUCGAGUUAGACACCAACAACCAAUGAUAACUCAAAAUUAUCAGGAUCCAGCAAAAACGCUGAUUACAUUGUGACCAAAGUCCACAACUUGUCGAAUUAUUUCGUGAACCGUUAAUCGUUACUAGUCGUGCCCAGUCGUACCAGUUGAUGCUCUGACGGGAACAUCGGUGACGAAUUAAGAGAAAAAACGCUGAGUCAAUUGACGCAAGUCCGGCAAAUCGUUUGCUAAAGGAUAGUGAUCUCGAGUCUCGUCAGCAAAGAAAAAGUAAAGAUACGCUAAUUGAGAUGGCAACUAAGGAUCUUAAAGACGACACCGCCGCGGCUACUUCAGCUGGCAAACUCUUCACGCGGGCAGAAGUGGAGAAGCAUGCUGAAACUUCAAGAGAUACAUGGAUCAUUAUUCACAAUAAUAUCUACAAUGUCACCUCGUUUCUUAAUGAGCAUCCUGGUGGUGAGGAGGUACUCCUUGAACAAAACGGACAAGAUGCUACGGAAGCUUUCGAAGAUAUUGGACAUUCAACUGAUGCCAGACAAAUGAUGGAAUCGUAUAAAAUUGGAGAGCUGGUAGAAGCAGAAAGAACGGAAGAUUCUGAAAAGAGAAUCAAGAAAUGGUCUAAUGAAAAUGAAGACAGCUCUAGAAAACAGGAUUCCCACGGAAUAAAGAAGUAAACCCGGUCCUUAAAUCCUUAAAAACGAGAAAAAGACUACUACAAGAGGACAAUAACUAAUAGAAGUAAUUCGAUUAUCGAUCAAACCUUAUGAAACGCGAUCGUAUUUGCUAAUAUUAUUUGUACAUUGUAGCAGAUUAGACUAAUCAAGAAGACUACGUCGACUGCAUCACUGACAAGAAAUAAAAUAGCUGCAUUGAAAAUAUUUUCUAUAAUGAGUAUAAUGAAUUUGUAAUCACAUUUAUUAUUUUUUCUACAAUUUACCAAUAAGAGCAUAAUAGAUCUCUAAAAAUCUGGUAAAUAAUAAUGCAUAUAAGUUGCAAAUUUUAAAUUAAUAAAAACAUGUACAAGCGAUAAUAAUGCUAUAUAAAAUUUGGGAAUCUUUAAUACUUAUGAUGAUUUCAAUUUAGAUCGAUUUUGAGAUUUAGUAUUCUAAGAUCAAGACUAGUAUCCACAGUCGAUUUUUAUUUUUAUAACUAUCUCAAGUACGGUCUUGAGACAUCAUAAAUCAAUCACCUGCGAUAAAGACAUUGCUUAAGACGGUA